CUUUCGCUGCCGGAGGAACAGAAUGAAGUAACGAGAAACGGCUGUGAAUCCAAGGAACUGGUCUACCUUGUCCAGAUCUCGUGUCAGGGGAGGAGCUGGAUCGUGAAGAGGAGUUAUGAAGACUUCAGAGUACUCGAUAAGCAUCUUCACCUGUGUAUUUAUGACCGGCGCUUCUCCCAGCUCUCCGAGCUCCCUCGCUCCGAUGCCCUGAAGGACAGUCCAGAGCUUGUCACCCAGAUGCUGAUGGCUUACCUCUCACGUCUCUCGGCGAUCGCAGGCAACAAGAUCAACUGUGGGCCUGCUCUCACAUGGAUGGAGAUUGAUAACAAGGGGAACCACCUGCUAGUCCAUGAGGAAUCAUCUAUUAACGUUCCUGCUAUCGCUGCUGCCCAUGUUAUUAAGAGAUACAUUGCUCAGGCAGCAGAUGAACUGUCCUUUGAGGUGGGAGACAUAGUGUCUGUUAUUGAUAUGCCCCCGAAGGAGCUGACCACGUGGUGGAGAGGCAAACAUGGAUUUCAGGUUGGAUUUUUUCCCAGUGAGUGUGUUGAACUAAUUAACGACAAAGUUCCUCAGUCCGUGACCAAUUCUGUGCCAAAACCAGAAAUAGAAAGGGACAAGAACUGUGGGCUGAUCUGUGGAAAUGCUGCUAUAUACAGGAUUCAUCUGGCCUCCUAUGAAAGUCACACCACAAAAUCUGUGAUUCUGCUGGAAAGUGCUAUGGAAACACAUCUUGAUGGUUGUCAGGUAUUUGAGAGUAAAUUGGUUGAUGUUUUCUUCAAGAGGCCUGGAUUUGAAAGCAUGUAG